AAGAGGUUUUAGCAGAGAUGACCCAUUUACAAGCUGGACUUAGUCCAGAGACUAUAGAGAAGGCCCGUCUGGAACUGAAUGAAAACCCAGACAUUUUGCAUCAGGAUAUCCAGCAAGUCAGGGACAUGAUCAUCACAAGGCCUGAUAUUGGGUUUUUACGUACAGAUGAUGCCUUCAUCUUGAGAUUUCUCCGAGCCAGGAAGUUUCACCAAACCGAGGCCUUCAGACUGCUGGCUCAGUAUUUCCAGUACCGCCAGCUAAAUCUGGAUAUGUUCAAAAACUUCAAGGCUGAUGAUCCAGGAAUCAAACGAGCUCUCACAGAUGGAUUCCCAGGAGUACUGGAAAAUCGUGAUCACUGUGGCAGGAAGAUCCUUCUGCUCUUUGCAGCCAACUGGGAUCAGAGUAGGUAA